UGUUUAUGAAAAGAAUCGAACAUGGAAGAACGAAGAAGUGAGUCGAAACUGAAUAGGUGUUGGUUUGAGUGAUUAGUUUUGAAUUGAAAUUCAAACUGUUUCAAUAAUUUCUUGCUUCAAAAGACAUUUUCAAAUUAAUUAAUCGUUUGAAGUUUGCAGAUUACAAUUGAAUUGAUAGGUCGGUUGGUUAGUAAAGAUAAGGCUUCAUCGUUUCCAAACUUGCAGCCGAAUUCUUAUCUUGAUUCCUCCUAUCCGGAAUACAGUAAUUUUUUAUCACGUACAUAUUACUUAUUUUCCAUUAAGUUUUAACCCCUGUGUAUAACUAAAAUUAUACUGAUUCAGCAACAUUUCAAAUGAAGAAAGUAAACCGUAAAAAAUACAAACCUAUCAGUUCGAUAUGUCGGCGUUAGAGGUUAGAACUGGAGACCCGUUUUUAGGCGGAAUGCUAAAUAAAUCCCAGCGAUUAAUGUUGGGACUGUUUGUGCUAUUAUUAGUAGAUGUGAUAUGGGUUUCAUCAUCGGAACUGACAAAGUACAUCUACAAGAAUGCGAAGUUCGAAAAGCCUUUCUUCAGCACUUAUUUGAAGACUUCCAUGUUUUCCGUUUACUUGCUGGGAUUAUGUCUUUGGCCACCAUGGAGAGACCAAUGCAACAGACCUUCAAAUUACAUGUACAUUGAACCUGAUAUGGACGAUGAGUUUUAUACUGAAGCAAAUACUAGUCUUGUAAAGUGAUCCACAUUCGUGCCGAUCAAGUUUCCUGAAAGAAAUGAAAGAAACUCCGGCACUGAGAGUGAUGAUUCAGUGCAGAGAUCCGUUCGAUUUAGCAAAAUGGCAGAGGUACGCCACAUGUCUGAGUCGGAUGCGAAGGAGGCGCUGCUGGCGCGGCUGUCGUAUCAGGCCAGUCUGCGAGCCAAUGACGCGGCGCGUCGACAAGCCUGUAAACUGGGCGUCGACAAGGUGGCCAAACUGGCGCUUGUCUUCUGCCUGCUUUGGUUUGUCGCCAACUACACAUUCCAGGCAGCGUUGUCGGAGACAGAGAGCGCAGUGGCGACCGCUCUCUCCUCUUCGUCUAGUCUGUUCACGCUGCUGCUGUCUGCACUCUUCCCCUCCAACCUGGGUGAUCGCUUCUCUCUCUCCAAACUGGUCGCCGUCUUUGUCAGCAUCUGCGGAUUGAUCCUUGUUAGUCUGUCCGACAUGUCGACAAAAGUGCAAGUUCCUUUUGGAGCAAUACUAUCCCUGAUUAGUGCUUUCUUUUAUGCGUGCUAUCUAGUCUUGUUGAGGCGUAAAGUUGACCAUGAAGAUAAAAUGGACAUUCCUGUAUUUUUCGGAUUUGUUGGUCUCUUCAACUUUCUUCUUCUUUGGCCAAUGUUCUUUCUUCUCCACUACACACAUUGGGAGUCGUUUGAAUGGCCCAACAAACACCAAUGGACUUUUCUUCUCAUUAAUGGACUGGUGGGCACAGUGUUCUCUGAAGUUUUGUGGCUAUGGGGCUGCUUUCUGACAUCGUCGUUGAUAGCGACUGUAGCAAUGAGCCUGACAAUUCCGAUGUCGAUGUUGGCCGACGUGCUGUUCGAGCGGGUGCACUACCCUGGCCUCUUCUACCUCGGGUCGCUGCCGAUGGUCCUAUCCUUCAUCACAGUUACCAUUCUAGCACACUACGAGAACCACGACCCAGUCCUCGAGGGCCUCAGACGGCUCUUCUCGUGUUGGUGUUCGAGAGGAAGACCAAUUAGGAUUUCGGAGUGUGAAGUGGAACAAACCGAGUCACUCAUAGGAAUCAAUGAUAGCGCUGAUCACGAAGCCUGAAAUAGUAUUGCCAAGUAAAUUAAGGGAUUUUUACGUCUGUGAUUGCAAUGGAAAUUCUUAAUAGUUUGUUCCUGUAAUUUGGAUUAUGGUACUUUUUAUAACUGUGUGACUAUGUUUUAUUAUUUUGUCAGACUUAAUCUAGAACAUUGGGUUAGAAAAACUUUAUCAACAGUAUUCAAUUAUUCAGUAUCAAAGUACAAAAUUCAAAGAGAUGCUUAGGUCACUAUUCUUUGUACAGUAAAAAAUAUGGAGUCAUUAGAUUGGAGUGAAAUUCCGAAUUGAACAUUUCCCAAGGGUGAAUGAGUAACUGGUCCAUCCAUAUCUAUUCUAAGCAAUAGUAAAUGACCUUAAUAUAAAAAUUCAUUGACACGUUUUGUUAUCCAUUGUGAUUAAACUAUUGGAAAUGUAAAACCCACAAAUUUAUUGCUUUGGAAAUAUUCAAUUCCACUUUAUUGUAUAGUAGAAUUUUAUUUAUUCACGGUAGAUGUUCUUACAAAUUGAAAGCUUCGAAUUUUAUUAUUGUGAUUUUUGUUUUAAAAUAAUGUUUAACCACCACUCACAAUCACACACGUGGACGUUGAAUUGUAUUCUAUUUAUGUUUUGUUUUAAUAGUUGUAAAUUAGUUGAAAUUUUUCGUUACUAUUUGGUUCCAUAGAACUAUUUUAUUUAUCUAUAUGCUAUAAAGUUGGUCUGUGUCAAUCAGGAUAAGUUAAUAAUUUAUGCAUUAAGAUACAGAGGUCCUUAUCUAGUCACCAUAUCCUUUAAACAAUCAUUUGAAUUGUGAUGAGUGUAGUAUAUGAGAUCUAUCCAUUCCUUAUUAUUUGAGUCCUAUUAUCCUGCGAAAUAAAAAUAACUAAAUGGACUUUCGAGCGUCCAAUAACAAGUGCAAUGAAAAAUUUGUAUGCGUUUUCUGGCACAUUAAUAAAUAUCAGGAAAUCAUUCCCCUAGUUCCACCUAUAAUGUAGAGUUAAUCUGUUAGACAUUGUCAAAUUUUCAGAGAACUUUCAUUAUUUUUAUUCAGCAUACAGACAAAUUAUAAAAUAAUUCUUGACAUUUCAUAAUAUAUUCUCUAUGGGGGGGGGGGGGAAUCACAAUCUUUGUAUUUAGUUUCAGGGCUAUUGUAAAAUAUGUAUUUUAUUCCAAGUAUUAAUUCCCAUCAAUUGAUGUCCAGAACCAUAAAUUUGUCAAAUUUAAUUUUCUGUUUUCGUAUUUUUACUUUAGUAUUAUCAGUUCCACUGUUUCCGCACAACAUUUUUCCAUUGAAUUUGACUUAUUCUUAUUUUAUAUUGUGGUUUUUAUACUUCCACACUAGUAUUAUUAUUUCCAAUGUUUCCCACUAUAUUAUUUUCAUUUCUCAUAUUUUUAUGUUUAGUUUGUAAACUCAAGUAUUACUUCAUCCUGGAAAAUUGCUGAGUCAUACCCGGUUCAAUCUAUAAUGAUGAGAUAUAUGCGGACUAUUCUAUAACCUGAAAUCAGCCCCCAAAUAUUUUCAAGAUACAUGUGAUAGUAGAAGACAGAUUUAUUUAUUUAGUUUUAGAAUUUUUCAAAGAUAUAUUCAUACAGAAUACAACAGUAUUACAGUAUUUUCUUCACUUCUCAUACUUGAUUCAAUGUGCACCAGGUGCAUUCAUUUGUUGAGCAUACAUAGGAGUGAAUCUAUCUUUUUUUAAAUUUACAUUGACAGAUUUUUAACGAGUUUAUAAAACAUUUAAACGUGAUGAACAGUGGAAAUCAGUUAGGUAGACCUAAGACAUAUCAUGAAAACAAUAAUAAUAAUAAUUGAUGAAUAAACGGUCGCGAAUUCCAAUUUAUACAUUUAAUAAUUGUUGGAUUGAUUACUUCUGAUUUUUCAUCAUUUUUCUUAGGCUCAACUCACACUUUCGCGACUCAGUUCGAGAAGAGACUCGACUCUAGUCGAGAGCAUGUGUUUGCAAAUGGUGACAGUCGCGGAAACCAGAAUCGACUGGUGUGAUUGUCACCAUUUGGAAACACAUGCUCUCCACUAGAGUCGAGUCUCUUUUCGACCUGAGUCGCCUAAGUGUGAGUUGAGCCUUAGUAUUAUUUUAUAAGUUAUAUUUUCAAUUGACUGAUAUCAUCAAUUACAUCAACAUUGGAGAUGAAAUUCGUUCUUUUAUCCAUCAUUCACCUAUUUAUACGUUCACCAAUUAUUUUCACGUUUGAAUAUCUAUGUGUAGGACGGGCAGUUCCAAUUCCAUUAAAACUACACUAUUAUAACUAUUAUGCUAUUCUGUGAAAAAUAUUAUUCUUGUUGUGAAAAUUUCUUAAUAAUAAACUCCAUUUUUAAUUAUAUAUUGUACUGAUAUUUUAAAAAUUUAAAUUCAUCAUAUAAUUAUUUCCAAAUUGAUUCACAAUAAUUCAAGGUCCAGAAUUAAUUGUAUAUUUUAUUUUCAUUUAAUUCAUAUCCACAGUCGUUGGUUUUAUUUUCAUGAGGUUAAAAUAGUAUUUGAACCUUUUAUUAGAUAAUAAUUUUUUUAAUCUAUAUCAUGAAAAUUAAUUAUAUGUUAAAAGUUAGAGAAUGAAUGAAUUAAUUAUUAUUCAAGUUUCAUUUAAUCUUAGGUAGCUGCACAAAAUUAUUAAACUGAAAUUAAUCUUAUGUUAAUCUUUCAAGUAGCCCUAUCAAAGUAAUUUAAAAGCUAAUUUUCUUAUCCUAAUUCCAUUUUAUGAUAGAUUAUAUGAAAAACUGUAUCUCUAUAAAAUGUUUUCAUUGAAACUCAAAAGAUCUAAGUGAACCUUUAGAAAUUUACCACUUUAGCUCAUUCAAAUUUCAUGAAUAAUUCUAAAAACAAUAUAUUUCUAUCUAUUGCGUUAUAAUAGUAAAGUAGUUUGAAAUAAAUUUCUCAUUUUCAUUGAAACACUUGAAUAAUGCGAACCUACCUGUCUGCCCCAUACAAACUUGAUUGAUGUAUCAGGAUUUCUUUUUGAGCACAAUUUUGUAAGUGAAGUUUCAUUGGGUGAAUUGUUUUUAGUAUUGUUAAAUUGUCUUGGAUAAUACAUAUUUGUAAAUUAAAUUGAAAAAGUCAAUUAUAAUUUUUUCAUAUCCCAGAAA